AUGAAAGUCCCACCCACACCGCCUUAUACAGCACUCACGAUUAAUUAUCCAGCCAUUCUUGUAAUAGGAAGAUGUGGUGUAGGAAAAAGCACGCUGUGUAAUUGGUUAUCAGGUUACGAAGGAAAUGACGGUAUUUUCGAAAUCAAUAGUAAUCAGAUAAAAAAAAAUGACGAAUGUGUCCCUCAUAUUCUAAAAAUAGAGAAGAGAUGGUUAAAUCUCAUCGAUGCUCCUGGGUUUUUCAAUCCCAACGAAAAUUUCAGAAAUGAAAGUUCCAUUAAAAAAGUUUCUAGCAUCAUUAGAGAAUGUUCAUACGGAGUCCAGGCUAUUAUUUUAGUCAUUGACAGACAUGAUCUUUAUUCUUUUAACAACACUCUCAGGGUGGUCAAAUCUUUUUUGGGGGAAGAGGGUCUUAAAAAUAUGAUCGUAGCAUUUACGUAUUGUACAAAGGGACAAACAGAAAACGAGGGAACCUUAAUUCUUCGCGAAAAUAUGAAAGAUCUUUUGACCACAGUUGAGAAUCGCAAAUUUAUUUCACCUAACCCCGACAUAUUUACGUUAAAUGAUGAUGCGGUAGUAAAAAAUAUGAAUAUAGCUCGAAUGCUAAUUAAUGAAAUUCCAUCCGCAUACAUAACCGAAAUGUUCAAUCGAAAUAAUGAAUGCUGCAUUAACUAA